GCCACAGGCAAAUCAGCACCGGUGGUGGCACCUGCAGUGUCCCCGUGGGACAGUGUCACCAUGGCUGGGACGGGGUGGACAGCACCCACGGGUGACACAGCCAGAGCGCAGGGCAGAGGGUGACAGUGGCACGGCGUCCCGGUCCCCCCAUGCAGCGCCCCUCCCGCAUUACCGAGUCCUUCCCGCGGCGGCGGCGGCACCGGGACAGGGACAGGGACCGGGACAAGGGCUGCGGGACCCCCCGGGCACGGGACCCCCCCCCGGCCCGCCCUGUCCCGGACCCGACCCUGCUGGAGAUGCUGCGCAGCUUCGACCUGGCCUGGGAGUACGGGCCCUGCACGGGUGAGGCACCCCCGAACCCCCCGUACGGGGAUCACCCGGCUGCAGCGCUGGGAGCGGGCGCAGGCGCUGGGGCUGAGCCCCCCUGCAACUGUGCGAGAGGCUCUCCUGGAGCACCGCGACCACCCCGACAUUACCUACAGCCUCUGGCACGAGUAUCCGCUCUGACUCCCGCACCCCACGGAAGAGGGGGGGCCGUGCCGCUGCCCCCAAGCCUUAUCCGCAACCAAGGCUGCAGUGGGGCAGGUGUGGGGCUGCCGCAUGCUGCUUGGGGGGCACAGAUCGGGGGGAGCCCCUCUAUGGGGCACAGUCCCCCAGCCUGAGAGAGCCAGGGAGGUGUGACCCACAGAUCCCCCGUGUUACAGAGCAAAGGGCAACCCCUCUGACCCACAGAUCCCGUGUUAUUGAGCAGAUGGCAACGUCUCCGCCCCACAGAUCCCCUGUGUUGCAGAACAGAUGACAAUGCCUUUGCCCCACAGAUCCAUCCCUCUGCCCCACAGAUCCCAUGUUACAGAGUAGACAGCAAUCCCUCUGCCCCACAGAUUGCCCUUAUUACAGAGCAGAGGGCAACCCCUCUGCCCCACAGAUCCCGUUACAGAGCAGGUGACAAUCCCUCUGUCACACAGAUCCUGUGUUACAGAGUAGGUGGCAAUGCCUCUGCCCCACAGAUCCCAUUACAGAACAGGUGACAAUCCCCACCAUGGGGCAUCUGUGGGUCAGAAGAUGCUUCUCCCUUUCUCCAUAUCUGUUGGGAAUCAUGGACACGUUGGGGUGGGAAGGGAUCUCAAAGCCCAUCCAGUCCCACCCCUUGCCAUGGGCAGGGACACCUCCCAGUGGAUCAGGGGCUCCAAGCCCCAUCCAACCUGACCUUCAACACCUCCAGGGAUGGGGCAGCCACCACUGCUCUGGGCAACCUGGGCCAGGGCCUCAAAGAGAAGAGGAAGAGGCUUUGCUGCUCUCCUCUCCUGGAUGAAAGAAAAGCAGAGAAAAAUGACUUUGGAGUAGGCUGGGUGGAGAAAGGAAGGUGGAAGGGUACCAAAAAGGGCCAAAAAUUGGAGAAGAUGUAGUAAAAUCAGGUGAAGGUCAACCUGGGGUGGGAAAUUUUGGGGUUUGAGGGGUGGAGGUGACCGCGGUGACAUCGACCUGGCCAUCAGGAGUCCCAUGGAAUCGUUCCUCCAAAAGCAGAGAGGAAGGAAGAGCAACUGAGGCAUCAUCCAAGAGUGGUCCUGUGGGAUUUGGGGAAUGAAAAGGCACAAUUGUUGGGUGUGGAAUAAUUUUGUUGUUAAUUAAUCAUAGGAUGCGUUUCUUGAUUACUCAGGUUAUUGAUUACUGAAUUCAUUAGCGCUCUGGUAGCUUGUUGCUUAAUCAAUAAAAGCAAUUGGUUUUAUGCCAAGCCCCACAAUCCAGCGGUGGAAGGGAGGAUCUGGCAGGAGCUUGGGCUGAAUCCCAGGUGGGAUGGGACGGGAUGGGGAUAAUGGAGAUGAUUGGGAUGGAAAUGGGAUUGGGAUAGAGAUGGGAUUGGGAUGGAAAUGGGAUUGGGAUAGAGAUGGGAUGGAGAUGAUUGGGAUGGAGAUAGGUUCAUGAUGGGGACACGGACAGAGACAGAGAUGGAGAUGGGGAUAAGGUUCACGAUGGGGAUGCCCAGUCCUUGUCCCUGCCUGGCCCUUGUC